GCCCCGGCGCCACAGCGGCCUGGUCCAGACGCCAAAGUUCUGUGGCGCACAGCUUUCAUUCCGCAGGGCGGCUGUUAGACCGGGGGCAGCCGGGGACAACCCUGCCCCGGUCAUCCCGCCUCGGCGCCGGUCCCCGCUGGGCUGUGCGGGCGGGAGGCACACGCUUCUCCCUAACCCAAGCGCGCCCGCCCUCAGCCGCCCGUACCCGGUACCGCGCACCCCGCCGCGGCCCAGCGGGGGAGCGUGGUCCCGCGGCAGUGAGCGGGGCCGGGCGCGCAGGGCAGGCAGCCUGGGGCCCGGCCUGGCCGGGCCCGGCCCUGCCCCGCGGCCGGGCGGAACGCGCCGCGCAGGGCCGCGUUGCGCGGGGAAGGUUGCGCGGCGGCACCGGCGCCGGCUGAGGGGCGGGCCGCCAUGGCGGUGGACAUCACUCUACUCUUCAAGGCCAGCGUGAAGACGGUGAAGACCCGCAACAAGGCGCUGGGGGUGGCGGCGGCGGGUGACAACGCCAGGGACGAGCUGCUCAAGCGGAGCGCCGGCCGCUCCAAGAGCGACUUCACCGGCCGGGCCCGGGAAGUGAUUUCUCAUAUUGGAAAGCUGAAGGAUUUUCUUCUGCAACACAGAAAGGAUUACAUUAAUGCUUACAGCCAUAUUAUGUCUGAGUAUGUGAGGAUGACAGAUACAGAGCGUGAUCAGAUAGAUCAAGAUGCUCAGGUGUUUAUGAGGACGUGUGCCGAUGCCAUUCAUCAGCUGAGAACAGAAGCACACAAGGGUGUCCAGUCUGCUCAGGUAAAGGAGCACAGAACAGCCGUCUUGGACUUCAUUGAAGAUUACUUAAAAAGAGUGUGUAAGCUGUAUUCUGAACAAAGAGCCAUCCGAGUUAAGCGAGUGAUAGAUAAGAAGAGACUGUCCAGGCUUGAACCUGAGCCGAGCAGUGUGUCCAAAUCACCUCUUUCCCCUGAAAAAUCUUCACAGAAUCCUUUAGAUGAUUCGGAAGAAAAACUUUCUGCUGAGGAAAGCAAAGACAGGAAUUUGCCUGAUGCCCAAAGUAACCUUGGAUUAUGGGGGGAUGGCAAAGGUGAAGAUGAGCUGUCACCUGAAGAAAUACAAAUGUUCGAGCAGGAGAACCAGAGACUCGUUGGUGAAAUGAAUAACCUCUUUGAUGAAGUCAGACAAAUUGAAGGAAAAGUGGUGGAAAUCUCCAGAUUACAAGAGAUAUUCACUGAAAAAGUCUUGCAACAGGAAACUGAUAUUGACAAUAUCCAUCAAUUAGUCGUGGGUGCAACAGAGAAUAUCAAAGAAGGCAAUGAAGACAUACGAGAGGCCAUCAAAAACAAUGCUGGAUUUCGAGUAUGGAUCCUAUUCUUCCUUGUGAUGUGUUCGUUCUCCUUGCUUUUCCUGGACUGGUAUGAUAAUUAAAAAUACAGCGCUGUCUCCAUGCUUUGUUUGUAGCACCUUGGACGCUGGUUUCAGCAGAACGGGGUACAUGGCGCACCUGCCUCUUCUGUGCAGUUUUUCAUACUGCUAUGAUGGGACUAUCUUCCAGUAAAUAAACAUGUAUAUAUCCACUAGUGCAGAGGGAGCUGAUAGCAUUCAUUUUAAAUCCCUUUAUCAAACAUUAAACCACACUUAAUCCUGCAAAGAACACAGAAAGCUUUGAAGGAGCUGACAAGAAAGCUACAAGCUGGAGCACAGCUAAGAGGAGAAAAUAAAACGAUGCUGGUUUUAUCAUAAUCACCCCCACAUCUGUGACGGUUGGAGUCCAGCUCCCCGUGUGCAGACCAGAGCAAGAGAAAACUGGUACUGUGCAAAAGCAUCUACGCUGUCUCAGGCUUUUAUUUAAUCACACCACUGCAGUACAUAGUGAUCACUUUGCACAUGUAUGACCUCGACUUCCCAUCCUCUGAAACUACUCGAGUCAGAGAGCAGGCUGAUUUAAUAGUAAUAAUAAUGGUAAGAAAUCAACUAAAGAGCUUUACUUCUAGGUGAAAAGAGAGAAUACAACACAAACAGAUUGUGCAGUGAAACAGAUGUGCUGGGGUGUUGGAACAAAGCCCAAGGAGCCAACAUUAAAGCAAAACAAUUCAAAGUACUAAACUUGGCAGUAAUUUGUUAACCAAGAUAAAAAAAACUCCCAAACAACUGCAGACAAGAAUCAAUAAACUCUCUCCUGUUAAAGCAGAGGGAAAACAGGUUAGCCUUCACAAAGCAUAAGCAGUCUCUUUCUCCUAGAUUGUAAAGCUGAGCGUUUUUUAACAUUUAUUGUUAUCAGAGAGAGAAAUAAGUUGUUUCUCAUCAGUAUUUACUUGUGCAUUAAAGUUUUUAUUGUACUAAAUUUAAGGGGGGGAGAAGAUGUCUCGAUAAUCACUUUGAUGGAGGAUGGUGCUGAGAAACAGAUCUUUAUCUUGUAAAAUCUGAAUGGCCUCUAAAUACGUUGAUAGGAAAUGUGUGGUUUGCUAUCUAUCUCUCUCCUGAAAUGUGUAUUUCAAGACGUUAUACACAACAAGCAGCAGCAUCCUUUUUCCCUACUCUGCAGAGUGAAAAUGUCAAAAGUUACACGUGAAUUAAUGACAUUCGAUACGGCAUCUGCCUAUUGCAAAAUGCAGACACGGUGUGUUUCGAAUUUCUUAACUUAAGAUUAAAGUUUUUAAAUUCAAAGAAAAAUUUGGCACAUAAUUUAUUGCUUUUUAUGACUUAAUAAAAAGCCUUUUACAUGUCUGCUGUGUAAUGCAUGUUUCAUAUCAAACCUAGAGAAUGAAGUAAUAAUGGUUAUUUUAACUGUGUCGGUAAGAAAGGUGGUUGAUAAAGCAAUUUGACAGGAGAAAAAUAAAAGUAGAGCUGACCAGAUCUUGAGAAACAGCCCAUACUAAGGUUUUUCCCUUCAUUUUGAUGUAGUCUCUACCUAAAAGGAACUUUUGACAUCUCCACUGCCCCUUGUCCCAUUCACGUGACAUGAACAGAAAGGUGACUGGCUUGCCCAGAUGCUUCACACACUUAUUUUGUCUAACUCUUAAAUUAAUAAGAUGUCUUUUUUUGUAAUAUAUAUUUAAGAUUUAUAAUAAAAAUGAAAACAUGGUUUCACACAAA